AACCAUCCUGUUUUACGCAUCGUCGUGACAGGGUUUCACAAAAGUAAUUUUGUACCGUUAAUCAAAAUAAAGUUUUUUUUAAAAAACGAGUAUUUCGGUAUCAGUAAUUUAACUGAGGGCUCUGCCGGGAUCCUUCAGCGUGUCGCGAAACGUGAAACGUGCAUCUUCGGCGUCCGAAUUCGAGGCAAUCGAGCAGAGUAUCGGCCAGCCGAAAUCACCAGUCAUAGACACGCGAACUUUCAAGUUCUUAGAGGGAUCCACAGCCAGCAACAACAGAGUGAAGGUACUAGGGGCCAGCAGCAUUGGGCGUCGGCCCUAAGUUCCAGAACUCCCGAAAACCUUGAUAAUAGAAGCGGUUCAGCUAGGAGGGUGUGCUGCAUCUUUAGCGGCACAAUCAGUCUAUCGUAGAAACUAGUGAAGCCGAAGAAAGAAGAAAAGGUAGAAGACGAACGUUUUUUCAACGUUUCUCAUGAAUCUUUGGUGUGUGGUCGUGUUACUGUACCAGAUGAUCUUUCUGCUCAUUACAUACGUAAUUCCUAUGACGUUGAUGACAGUUUGCUAUACAAUCAUGGGGAAAGAACUUUGGGGAUCAAAAGCCAUCGGUGAGAAGACACAGAGACAGAUGGAUGCGAUACGGUCUAAAAAGAAGAUCGUGAAGAUGUUUAUACUGGUAGUACUGAUAUUCGGUCUAUGUUGGCUGCCGUACCACGGAUACUUCAUCUAUGUAUACUUCGAUACCAGUAUCAUCUACCACCGGUACACGCAACACGUGUACUUAGGCUUCUACUGGUUUGCAAUGUCCAACGCAAUGGUAAACCCUGUUAUCUACUAUUGGAUGAACGCCAGGUUCAAACAAUACUACAGAUCUGUUAUGUGUGGAUGGAAGACAUGCACAAAUUGCCAUUUUGAACGAAGCGACUCUUACUCGUUACGAAAUACGCCAUCAAAUUCAAAAUCUGGUGAAUUUAGAGGGAAUGAUAGCACAAUGAGACAUUACCGUCAAUCCACACGUCGAGAACGGCGUUGCGAAAAUGGUGACGCUGUCCAACACUCGUUGCUUCGACCUAUUUCAAAGGAGUACUGCGCUGGCAAAGUGCAGCUGACUAACAAUUGCAACACGAACGGUAGACCGUCGGGCAGAUCUUGGAGAGAAAGAAAACCUAUCACGACAGACUUAUAACGAACGCAGGUGUUUAUAACUUUUGUAUAAUUAAGAUAUCUAUUUUACAUGUCUUUAAAGCAUCAGUACCCCAUAAUAUCAUAAUGAUCACUCUAUUGGAACUAUAAGAUUGAGACCACAGCAUCUUUAGUAGUAGUUAGUGUAAAACAGUAAGAGAUAAGAAGUUAAAUGGAUGCAAAGCUGCCCAUUUAAGCAACGUACAAUACAGCACUUAGAAAGUAUCGCAAUUCAGAGUACCGAGUUUAUUUGUGGUGGGAUUUCAAAAUAAAUUGAAAACUAACCUUGCCACGUUUCCGCCUUUAUAAGGUGGCAUAAUUAGUUUCAGUAUUUCAAUAUAACGUUUCAUCUCUUGUCCUCAAUCGUCAACUUUGUUAUUUCUGAUGGACGCCAUAUUAAAUUUUUGCACAGGAUAGAGCGCUUUUAAUGCUGAUUUCAAAAAUGUAUAAGAUGAGGCACAUUAAUUUUGUAAAACUAUGAUAAUUAAAAAAAACAGAAUUUCCUAUGUAGUUCUUGUUAUCAGAUAGUCAUUGGUUCCGUUAACAUCAUCAAUCAAGCCUUCCCUCACUUUCUGAUGAUUGGGCAUAGGUCAACAUUCCCUCUUUCCGGUUUUAUCUCGAAUAAAAAAGGGAAAAGCAAAAUAAAGAAGGGGAAGAACAAAAUCUUUUUUAAGACUGGAAGCAGUUAGGCAUUGUAAAAAUCACUUGUCAAGUAUUAAUGUAGUCCAAAACAAUGAUUUUUGUAAGGGUUUUGUCAAAAAGUUUGCUCCAAUAUCACAGCAAUAUUUUGAUUACCUUGCGCGCAGCGCCCUUGUUCUUGCAAACUUGCUCGACUGUGUAGUCACUGAUACGCGCAUCAGAGGGUUUAAUGUAGUCCCCUACGUAAGGAAUAUCAAGAUCUCUGUGAAAAGUUUCAUUAAAGACGUACCAUGGGGAGUCAGUAAUUGUGUGCAACGCCUGCUUUGCUUUGUUAAGGGGCACUGGCUCGUACCAGCGCUUUAUUAAUUCGAUCCUCUCCAGGUGCUUUACGCACCUUGCGGUCUUUAAUAUGACCUUGGAGCUCUGCUGGUGUGCAAUGCGGGAUCUCACAAGAUUCCGCUGAUGUACUAUGCGGAUGUUUAGUUGAUCAGGCUUCCGAAGAAGAAUCUUCUGAUGAGGAAAAAUCAUCAACGGUAGCGCGACUGCCACUGACGCCGUUGGUCCUAAAAUACCUCCUGAUAGAUCUUACGAUGUGUUGCUCCUCGUCGACGCCAUUAUCAAGACGGUCGACACUGAAAGCCGCCACACACCGACUACUUGAAAACACAUGCAGUUGUGACCGCAUUCAAACUCAUUUGAUCCAGUUUGCGGUAAUUUCGAUAAUAUUCUUAAUGGAGAGACAUAUCAAAAUAAUUUACAACCUUAAUAUAAUUAUCAUGUGUAGUAAUCAAUGACAAAAUUAUAAGAUUGCAUUUACUGAAAAUUUGUGGAAAGAUUUAUUAUUUUCUAGCAGUUCAUCGGCAGCUCCGGUCGUUCGCCCACUGGAGAUCCUUCGAUAUGUGGUCUCAUGUCAUCUUUUGACGGUUUUUCCAGAUUUCUUCACUUAUUAUUGAAAAUAUCCAAUUAUCCUAUUACAGUGUGAAGAAAUUUCCAUAAUCACAUGCCUUCAUGGCAUCAGGUGCAACAAAGAAGAAACAACGUUGUAACAGGUCAAACCAGUUUUUCAAAAAAAAAAACGUCAAAAUUCAUCAUUAGAGUCCUACUACUGUUAAAUUAAUCCUGAAUAUAAAAAUAGAGUGACGUAGCAUUGGCAUGUUUCGAGCAAGUAUUGACAAAAAAAUGGCCAAAACCAAGACAAGAAACGUUGGGAAUUUUCGAAAUUAUGGCUGCAAACUGAACGAUUGUGCAUACAAUGAUGUGACAUUAUACAUAUGGCAUGGAUUGAUAUUAUAAAACUUCAAAUGUCUAAGAAAAUGUCAUCUUCCUGUAGCUAGUCUCAACUCAUUGAAUAAAGAAAAAGAUAACACUUUUUCAGUUAUUUACGGGUAGUAAUGGAAACAUUGAAAAUGGUAUAAAAUAUAGAAACUGACCAACAUUUUAGAGUAAGUAAAAGUUUCAAUUAUACUGUACGUUUUUGAACACAUUACAUAUCUGUCAUAUCUAAGCCUAAAUAUGUAGACAUCUGGCAUUUAAAUAGUAUCCUCUACGGCUGGGGUGUCAUAUAGAGGCCCAUUGUGCUAAAGUAGCAUUUGAUAUAACCGGUAAAUGAGCAAAUUAUCUGAAUGUUUUCAAAGCCUGAAGCAAUCUUUAAUCCAAUUAUAAAACAUGUAAUAAGCUGUCAUUUACGAGGCCAACUAUGAAAGUAUCCGUGUUUUGGUAUAACUAAGAUCUACCAAUGUCGUCAAUAAAUAUGGCCUUCACAAGAAAACAGGUUGAUGACUGAGGACAAGAGACAAAUCAUUAUUUUUAAAUUCAAAUUAUGCCACCUUGUAAAGUAGAAAAAAUGGCAAUGGUGAUGUGCAAUUUAUUUUGGAAUCCCACCUUUCUGGAAAAUUUUGUUUUUCGGUCUAUCUAUACCGGAACCCAGUUCAUAUUUCUUAGCGUUUCCGGGAUCCCGAAGGUCAGAGUCGAAUUUGAAACACUUAGUAUAGAAAUAUUUCUACAUGCUUUUGGUACAUUUGGUGCUUGUGAACUUUAGAAAUACAUGGCACUGAUUGUAGUGACAAAUCUCUCAUAUUUUUUAUUAUGCCUUGGUUGCUUGGUACUAAAUUCAUGUAUAAGAUAUAAAAACGGUAUUUUGUAAAAUUUACGAAGAUGUACUAAUUGAAAAAGUAUGUCAGUAGUCAAGAGAAUAUAAAUCAUUAUGCAGUGAUGUUUCGCUAAGAUUACCAAAAUGCUAAAUAAACCAAAUGACUGUGACAUUUUUAACUUUAAGGUAUAUUUUGACUGUCUUGAUUUAAUUUGAAUGUAUGUCAAUACUCAAGAAAAUGUAAAUCAUUAUGUAGAGAUGUUACACCUAGAUUACCAAAAUACUAAAUAAACCAAAUGACUGUGACUUAACUUUAAGGUAUAUUUUGACUGUGCUGAUUUGAUGUGAAUGUAUAAUGUUAAAAUGAUGUUG